AUGACAAGACUCUACCCCCUCUUCAUCCUCCUCUUCGUGCUGCUCAUCCUGGGCACAAUUUUCUACAUCACCUACUCCAUCAUUCAAGACGUGAAGCGCAAUACCCGAUCUAAAAUGGAGAAGAAGAAUGUCACCUUCUCUCGUGAUGGAGUUACCGUCGGUGUGAAGGAGUUGAAGGAUGAGGAUUAUUUGGAUCGGAGUCAGAGUAUUCUGGUUAACAUGUGGAAUCACACUUCCUUCCCUGCGUACAAGAGUCGACUGUGGGAUAUGACGAAGCCGACGAAUUGGAAUGAGAAUGCCGCUGGGGCGAGUGAUGAGGGGUUGAGGGGGCGGUUUUGGAGUGCGGCGGGGAGGGUCGGUGAGUGGGCUGGAUAUCAUGAUCAGGGUCAGGAGGGGGAGAAGAAGAAGGGGCAAUGA